UGCUGACCCAUCCUUUCCAAUUUUCAUACUCCGUCACCCUUUUUCUUCCCCAAAUGCCCACUGAACCCACUAAACAACAGCGUGAGGACGAUUCAGAUAUCGAUGACUUGUUGGACGAUGUCCUGGAUGACCUCAACGAUCUCUCCACCGCUGAAAAACCAGCAGCACCGCCUGUGAAUCAACAUAAAACAACUGUAGCUGAUGUACCCGAGGAAGGAUUGGACGAUAUGCUCGAUAGCGAAGAAUUCUCAAAGCAGUUGGCAGCAGGCAUGGAAGAGCUCAUGGGCCAGUUUGGUCAAGAUGAGAACAUGAUGGAGGCUUUCGAGAAAGUGUGGAAGUCGUUGGAUGCAGAGAAUCUGACAGGGGCAGCAACUGAUGCGGAAUCUUCGAGUCAAACCGCUAGAGAUAUAAAUGACACAACGGGCUCCAAACCAUCCGCAAAAUCCUUCCAGGAUACAAUUGCCCAGACGAUGGAUAAACUCAAAGACAGUUCCAAACAAGUGGAUUCAUCCAUGGCUGAAGAAAAUGAGGACGCAUUUAUGGCCGAAUUGAUGAAGCAAAUGGAGUCGCUCACAGAUGGUGGCGAGUUCGAAAACGUACUGGAGGGUAUGAUGUCACAAUUGAUGUCCAAGGAAAUGCUGUAUGAGCCGAUGAAAGAAAUGGCACAAAAGUACCCUGAAUGGUUGGCAGAGAACAAAGACAAGAUUACCCAAGCUGAGUAUGAGGAUUAUUUGAAACAACUGGACGUUUGCAAGCAGAUCGUGGCCAGAUACGAAGACCCAAAAUUUGAUGAGAAGAAUGAAGACCAAGCAAAAGGAAUUAUGGAACUAAUGACAAAAAUGCAAGACCUUGGUCAACCACCAGCGUCCUUAUUAGAGCAAAUGGCACCCGGCAUGGGGUUGGGAAACGGUGAAGGCAUGCCCGAUCCGAAAGAUCUUGAGAACUGCAACAUGAUGUAAUAUAAAGAGUUAAAAAAAAGAAAAUAAAAUCGAAUACCUACAGUAUAUCUAAUGAAAAGGGGUUAUUUUUUUUUCUUUAAUGCACGCGAAAGAAGGGAAAAAAAAAGAUGGGAUGUAAAAUAAGUUGUUGAAUCUAUAGAAAAAUGCGAAUGUCUA